ACCUUGCUUAUUUACCUUUUAAUAACUAGCGCUAAUCAAUUUACUUUCGUACUUGGUUUUGGUGAGGCGACGGUAGAUUCCAUUUCCCUCACAAAAACUGGAUUUUUAAGAGGGAUCAUGUGCAUAGCUGCUUGGAUUUGGCAAUCCCACCCUGCCCACCAACUCCUCCUCUUCCUCAACCGAGAUGAGUACCAUGACAGGGCUACAGAGGCAGUGGGAUGGUGGGGCGAGGGAAAUAAGAAAAUAUUGGGGGGUAGAGAUGUAAAAGGGGGAGGCACGUGGCUGGGAUGUACGAAGGAUGGGAGGGUUGCUUUUCUUACUAACGCGAGGGAGCCUGAAUCGAUCCCUGAUGCGAGGACUAGGGGUGUUUUGCCGCUGAGGUUCUUGGAGAGCACAAAAAGCCCUCACGAGUUUGCAGAGGAAAUUGUUCAAGAAGCAGACUAUUACAAUGGAUUUAACUUGAUACUUGCCGAUCUUUGUUCGAAAACCAUGGUUUAUGUCUCCAAUAGGCCUAAAGGAGAAUCCGUUUCAGUUCAGACAGUUCCUCCAGGCCUUCACGUGCUCUCGAAUGCACAAUUAGACACUCCUUGGCCUAAGGCACAGCGCCUCCAUGACAACUUUAGUCACUUACUAAAGAAACACGGGGAUGAAGAAGUCACUGCAGAGGAGGUUAUCGAGAAGCUGAUGAUGGACAAAACGAAGGCUGAUAUGGAUGAAUUGCCCAUUACGGGGUGUGAUCCUGAUUGGGAAUUCAACUUGAGUUCCAUCUUUGUUGAAACCGAUACUAAAAGGGGUCGAUAUGGAACUAGAAGCACGGCAGCGUUUUCUGCAAAAGUGAAUGGGGAGGUAACUUUCUAUGAGAGGUAUUUGGAGAGAGGCAUGUGGAAGGAGCAUAAAAUUCAAUAUCAGAUGGAAAAUGGGACUAAAGCUUAAAGCUAAUUUUGGUGAUCACUAUUUAUAUUGUUAAUGAAUAAAAACCCAAAAGAACUUAACAUUUCAUCUCUCAAAAAGUCCAAGAAGUCCAAGCACAUACACACAAGAGAAGAUCGACCGAAGAACAAGAUGACUGAGUAUUGAUACUGGUAUCAAUACUGAGUUUAUUGUUGUGGAUUAAAGACUGAAAUUGAUUAACUUCGAGAUCAAGUUUAAUCCAAGGGUUGAUAUUUGCUGCAAUACUCUAUAAAUAGGGGUAGAGAGUGAGAGGGUUCACGUGUGAAAUAUUUUA